CUUCACCCGCUAUUUCUCCUUGUAAACUCCAAUUCUCUCUCUCUCUCUGGAAGCAGCAGACGCAGAAAUAGCAGUUGAGUUGUCAAGGAUUAGAAGAAGAAGAAGAAGAAGAAGAAGAAGAAGAAGAAGAAGAAGAAGAAGAAGAAGAAGAAAACCAUGUCGUCCCCGAGCAAACGCAGAGAGAUGGACUUGAUGAAAUUGAUGAUGAGUGAUUACAAGGUAGAGCUGAUCAAUGAUGGGAUGCAAGAAUUCUAUGUUCAUUUCCACGGACCCAGUGACAGUCCAUACGAUGGUGGAGUGUGGAGAAUUCGAGUCGAGCUGCCGGAUGCUUACCCCUACAAAUCCCCGUCAAUAGGUUUCAUCAACAGGAUCUACCACCCUAAUGUUGAUGAAAUGUGUGGCUCAGUUUGUUUGGAUGUCAUAAAUCAAACUUGGAGCCCCAUGUUUGAUUUGGUGAAUGUGUUUGAAGUGUUUCUUCCACAACUUCUCUUAUAUCCUAACCCAUCGGAUCCGUUGAACGGUGAGGCUGCUGCUCUCAUGAUGCGCGACCGCUCAGCCUAUGAACUCAGAGUUAAAGAAUACUGUCAGAAAUAUGCAAAGCCAGAGGAUGCUGGAGCAACGGCAGAGGAAAAGGAGAGUGAUGAGGAAUUGAGUGAAGAUGAGUACAUGUCCGAUGAUGAGAUGGCUGGGCAAGCUGAUCCUUGAAGCAGAACUCGGCGGCCUGGCCUCUUCUUUGCCCUUACAAUGUUGUAUCAUAUGUAAAUUAUGAUUGUAUAAUUUGGAUUGUUAACUUCAGCUGCACCAUCAAAAGCCUGCUGAUAUCUUUGCCGGGCUUUGAUAUUGUUGUAGAACUGCAGCCCUGAAAU